ACGGUCUCGGGUCUCAUGAAAUUUUCCCCCAAAUAGGAGUCAAUCCAUUCAAAAUCUUCCGGUUUGGACGCACAGUUGUGUGAAAUCAUCGGAUUUUGACAUAUGUGUGCCAAAAACACUACGAAUUUUGUUCACAAAAUCAUAUAAUAAUUAAGAAUUUGGGUCUAGAAAGGAUCGGCGAAGGGACAGAUUGACACCUGUUUGUUAAAUCUCAUCUUCCAAAGAUCUCAGCUCAGUCAUGUAUGGUCGAAGAAAUCGGUGAUCCAAAUGUUGCAAAGAAGAUGAAGAAGUGAAGAAGAACACAAGAUUUUGCAUCACUUCAAUGGCGGAAACUAUUGUGUUCUUCAAUAAGGAUGUUCUCAUAAUCAAACCUGCAACGAAGUCUUCAGUGAUGUUGAGACUGAUUGUAUUAGUCUUUUCGAUGGUGUUUGGUGUUUACAUUUGUUCUAUUUGUUUGAAGCAAAUAAGCAUGCAAACCAAGAACAAAUUUGUAGACAUUGAAGUAAUCGAAAGGCCCUGUUACAACACCCUCGUUGAUCGAUCACAAAUCCCUUUCUUGCAUUACCCAAAUCCCAAAACUUUUGAUAGGUCGGAAUGUGCUGGGAACCCUGUGCGUUUGUUUGCGAUUUUGUCUAUGCAAAGAUCAGGAAGUGGGUGGUUCGAGACUCUAUUGAAUAGUCAUAUAAAUGUUAGCUCCAAUGGUGAAAUUUUCGGUUCGAAGAUUAGGAGAAGUAACAUCUCAUCGAUCAUUAGAACACUUGAUAGUGUUUAUAAUUUGGAUUGGCUUACUAGUUCUUCCAAGAAUGAGUGCUCUGCUGCAAUUGGCUUCAAAUGGAUGCUUAAUCAGGGUUUGAUGGAACACCCUAAUGAAAUCGUGGACUACUUCAACUACAACGGUGUCUCUGUUAUAUUUCUCUUAAGAAGAAAUAUGCUUCGUAGAUUGGUUUCGGUGCUUGCAAAUUCAUACGAUAAAAAUGCCAAAGUUUUGAAUGGUGUUCAUGUGUCUCAUGUCCACUCACACGAAGAGGCUUCAACACUUUCUAAAUACAAACCUACAAUAAACAUCGCAUCACUCUCAUUGGAUUUGAGAGAAAUGGAAGAAACAGCCAUGAAAGCACUGGAAUACUUCAAUGGCACCAGGCACAUGAUCCUCUACUAUGAAGAUCUCAUCAAGAAGCCCUCUCGCAAUCAAUAGAAUCGUUGCUCAUUGUUUCUUCGACCAUGGCUGUUGCAGAAACUGAUAGAAGUUCAAGAUUUCUUGAAACUCCCGCGUAUGAAGUUGACUAGUCAACAAGUCAAGAUACACAAAGGAUCGUUAUCGAAACACAUCAAGAACUGGGAUGACGUUAAUAAGACGCUUUAUGGAACAAGUUAUGCAAAGUUUCUUGAAGCCGAUUAUUGAUUCACGCACCGUGUAAAUAAGGGUUGAUUCAACUAAUUCUACGAUCGAAGGACCAAAUCUGCAUCACAUUCUCGUAACAUGUACGUAUCUCUCUCAAAAAAGGCGUUUUUUUGUCGUUUGUUGUUCGUUUUAGGUUACGUUGGUUUGCGGUAGUUUAGAUAUUCUUAUUGGUUAGUAUCUCACUAGCUAUGUGAUUUGUUGCAAGUGCAAAUAAGCUUUCUAAUCAAACAGGUUUUUUCGUUGUUUUUGUAAUUUUCUCUA